AUGCCUGCUCCAGAAUCCAGGGAGAAUGAAAGUGAGGAGGAGGUAGAAGAGAGCGACGAUGAAAAGGUAUUUCUUAAGCCUGUUGUUGAAGACAGAAACAUGACAUUGGCUAGAAAGUGUACUGAAAUCAUAAGUGAUGUCCGCUAUAAAGAAGAAUACAAAAAAUCUAAAGGCAAAUGCUUAUUUGUACCAGACACUCCUCUGCUCAAACAUGUGAAAAACCUCUCCACCUUUAUUUCUGAGGCGAAAUACAAAGAAAGUGCGAAGAAAAAUCUUUCCAACUCCCUGUACAAGCAGAUGCCAGCUACAAUUGACAGCGUGUUCGCCAAAGAAGUUACACAGCUUCAGAGCAAGGUUCUCUACAAGCAGAAACAUGAUGCUGAAAAGGGAACAUCAAACUAUGCACAUAUGAAGGAGCCUCCAGAUGUUAAGCAUGCCAUGGAAGUUAAUAAACACCAAAGUAAUGUUUCGUAUAAGAAAGAUCUGCAUGAUACUCACAGAUACACUGAAGUGCUGGAUAGACCAGAUGUGAUGAUGGCAACUCGGCUAUCAAAGAUAAUAAGCAAUGUGGAAUAUGCAAAAGGAAGUCGAGAAAUGAGUAAGGAACCAUCUGUCCUUGGAAGACCAGACUUCAACCAUGCUAAAGAAAUUUCCAAAUUUUUAAGCCAAGCUAAAUACAAAGAGGAAUUUAUUAAAGAUAUGAAGAACCAUUGCUACAAUCCUCUUGAUAGUACCUCUUUCAAGCAUGCACAAAUUUCAUCUGCCUUAGCAAGUAAUGUGAAGUACAAAAAAGACCUGGAAAGCCUCCAUGAGCCUAUGUCUGCACUUCCAAAUCUAUUGCAUUUAGAACAUGCUUUGAAUGCUAGCAAAAUCCAUAGUAAUUAUGAAUAUAAGAAACUGUUUGAGAAAAGCAAGGGGCUAUAUCAUUUUGUACCAGAUACAGCAGAUCAGCUGCUCCACAAAGAAAAUGCAGUUCUGCAAAGUCAGGUUAAGUACAAAGCAAAAUAUGAACAAUCUAAAGGCAAGUCGAUGCUAGAAUUUUCAGAUACACCAGCAUACGAAGUUUCAAAGCAAGCUCAAAGCUUUCAAAGCGAGAAAAUGUAUCGAAGAGAUUUUGAAGAUAAGCUCAAAGGAAAAGCAUCACUGGAUUUAGACAAGACUCCAGAAUUCUUGCAUGUGAAAAAUGUUACCAAACUGUUAAAAGAGAAGGAAUACAGAAAAGAUCUGGAAAAUGAAAUAAAAGGGAAAGGAGUUAAGUUCAUUUCAGAAACUCCUGACAUUCAAAGAGCAAAGAGAGCAACUGAAAUUGUUAGCGAGAAAGAAUACAAAAAAGAUCUAGAGACUGAAAUUAAAGGGAAAGGUAUGCAAGUUGGCACAGAUACACCUGAAAUGCAGCGAGCUAAGAAAGCUUCUGAAAUUGCAAGUCAGAAAGAAUAUAAGAAACAUCUAGAAAUGGAACUUAAAGGCAAAGGGAUGCAAGUGGGUGUGGAUAAUCCUGAUAUACAACGAGCUAAGAAAGCUUGUGAAAUUGCCAGUCAGAAAGAAUAUAUGAAAGACCUGGAGACUGAAAUCAAAGGGAAAGGCAUGCAAGUAGGAACAGAUAUCCCAGAGAUACAGCGAGCAAAAAGAGCUUCUGAAAUAGCCAGCCAUAAAAAGUAUAAAGAUGAAGCAGAGAAGAUGCUUUGUACCUAUUCUGCUAUACCGGAUACACCUGAAAUUGAAAGGAUUAAAAGUACUCAGAGAAAUAUUAGUAAUGUGUUGUAUAAGAAGGGAGUAGUAGGUCCUGGCACAGCCGUAAAAGAGACUCCUGAAAUUGAGCGAGUAAAGAAAAAUCAGAAAAAUAUCAGUACAGUGUACUACAAAAGACAGCUUGGCAAAGCUACUUCUGUGAGUAUCACUCCUGAAAUGGAGAGAGUUAAGAAGAAUCAAGAGAUUAUCAGCUCGGCAAGUUAUUUAAUGGUCCUUAUUGAAUUUUAUUAUUUUGGAUUAGGAACUUAUUUGUCCUUUCUAGGAGGGAUACCAUUAAUCAAGAUUUUUUAA